AUGCCCCCAAGAAAGUUUCUAGGUUCCAAGAACUUAGCUGGAAGGGCUAAGGAGCAUUCGCAGUUCUUAGAAGCCCUUAAAUUGUACGAAUCCAGACAGUAUAAGAAAUCUUUGAAGACUUUAGAUACUGUUCUAAAGAAAGAUUCUUUAAAUAUUGAUGCUUUAGCACUUAAAGGUUUGGACCUGUUGUCAUUGGGAGAAAAAAAAGAUGCUGAAAACUAUGUGAAGAAUGCAAUUUCUAAGAUCCAAAGUAUUGGUGCAUCUGCAAUCUGUUGUCAUGUUCUUGGUAUUUAUAUGAGAAGUACGCAGAACUACGCUGAAGCUAUCAAAUGGUUUCAAACUUCUUUGGACAAUGGAUCAGCCAACCAGCAGAUCUACAGAGAUUUGGCUACUUUACAAUCACAAAUUGGUGAUUUUAAAGGUGCUUUGGCAUCGAGGAAAACCUACUGGGAAUCAUUCUUAGGGUAUCGUUCCAAUUGGACGGGCCUGGCAGUGGCUCAAGAUAUUAAUGGAGAACACGAAAAAGCAAUCGACACCUUAUCACAAUUUGAGAAGUUAGUCGAGGGUAAAUUGGGUGAACCUGAACUAUAUGAACAUAAUGAAUGUCUCAUGUAUAAGAACGAUAUCAUGUUUAGAGCCGCUGGUGAUAAUAAGGAUAAAUUGCAUAACGUGUUGAACCAUCUGAAUGAAGUGGAAAAGGACAUUUUCGACAAAUAUGGUGUCUUGGACCGUAAGGCAGCAAUUUACCACAAAUUAGGUGACUCUAAAUUGGCCUCGAAGUAUAUCAGAAUGUUAAUUCAAAGAAACCCUGAUGAUUUCCAAUUCUACGGAAGAUUGGAGGAAGCACUUGGCAUUCAGAAUGAUAAUGAGAAGAGGGAAAUUUUGUAUGGUAACUUACAAAAAUUCUACCCCAGAUCUGAUCCACCAAAAUUCAUUCCCUUGACAUUCAUAGAUGAUAAGAGUAAAUUGGAAGCCAAAUUUGCAGAUUACGUGAUUGCUCAAUUGAAGCGCGGUGUACCAGCAACUUUUGGUAAUGUUAAACCUCUUUAUAGGAGUAGAAGUGAAUUUGUCCCAAUCUCUGAUAAAGUGGUUAAUGAAUUUUUCCAACAAGUGGACCCUUACAAGGAUCCCGUUUCCUAUGUCUGGACGUGUUACUACUUAGCACAACACUACUUGUACGUCAAAGAUUUUUCAAAGGCUGAAUCCUUUAUCAAUAAAGCUAUUGAGAGUACUCCAACUCUAGUCGAGUUUUACAUUUUGAAGGGUCGUAUCCUAAAGGCCAUUGGUAAAUUAGACGAAGCCGCCGAAUGGUUAGAGGAAGGUAGAAAGUUGGAUCUACAAGACAGAUUUAUCAAUACCAAGACAGUCAAAUAUUUGUUAAGAGCCAACAAUGUCGAUAAAGCUGUCGAAACAGUAUCAUUGUUUACCAAGAAUGACGAUUCUGUAAACGGUGUCAAGGAUUUGCACUUGGUAGAAGCCGCUUGGUUUAUCGUGGAGCAAGCUGAAGCUUAUCACAGAUUGUACUUGGAAUCCAACAAAAGAUUGCACGAAAAAUUAUCAGCUGUGAAGACCCAAGGACUUGUUGAAGAAGAUGUGGAAUCUCAAUUAAAGGAGUUGAAACAAUUAGAAUGGUCAACGAAAAAAUAUCAAGGUUUAUCACUUAAGAGAUUUCAAGCCGUCGCUAAAAUGUACAGACAAUUUGAAGACGACCAACUAGAUUUCCACUCUUAUUGUAUGAGAAAAGGCACUCCAAGAGCUUAUCUAGAAAUGUUGGAUUGGGGUCGCAGGAUCUACGGAAACCCAAUGUACGUCCGUUCCAUGAAAGGUGCAUCCCAAAUCUUAUUCCAACUACACGAUGAAUCCGCAGAGAGCAAGAAGGAAUUUGAUGAGACCUUUAACGGUAUAAUGAAAGAAAAUGCAAAGAAAUCAAAGAAGGUGAACUCUCAGUUGAACAAACAUAGAGACGAGGAACGCAAAGCUUGCGUAGCAUACUCUGAAUCAGAAGAUAAAGAUGUAUUUGGCCUUGAAUUGAUCUCUUCGCAAAAUCCUUUGGAAGUGUUUUGGAAUGAAUUUUACAAGUCUUAUGCUACCAAAUCUUCGGAAGAAGCCCGUGAUUAUGUGUUAGAAUUCGAAUACCAAUACAGAACAGGCAAACUGGCACUUUGUCUAGCAGCUCUUAACAAAUAUGCCAAAUAUCACGGCGAAAAAUCAGGCCUUACUGGUGCCAUGGCAAUUACUCUCUUGCUAGCAACUCGUGAAUCUGAACCAUUCGAAGCCAUUGCUCAAAAAGUGGCAUUUAAAGGUUGUGAAUCCAUCAAGGAUUUACCAGUGGCAGAAAGAGAUAACCAAGAAUUCGAUUGGUGCUCUUUCUUUACAGAGCAUUAUGAACAAGAUCUACCAUCACUUUUGUUUCUGUACAAGCAUGAACCCAGACAAGGGGAAACUUACAAGGCAUUGAUACUUAAUCAAAUCAGCACAGUGAGACCUCAACAUCAAAUGCAGGUAUUACAAUACCAACUCUGA